UCAGACUGGGACAAAUGAGAAAUAUACAGCGCUCAUUGUAUUGUGCAAUGGCGUGCUUGAGUAGUAGCAAGAGAGUCUUCAGCUUAUUCUUCAUUUCAAACUCUGCAAAUCGCAUGUUUUUUCAUAGCUUCUCAUUGUGUGCGUUGUUCUUAUACUUUUGCCUCGACUGCUGCUUUGCAAGAGACACCAUAACGUUUGAUAACCCACUUAAUAGCUCGAAAGGGCCACUUAUAUCUGCGGGUAAGAAAUUCGCACUUGGGUUUUUCACUCCCACCAAUGGAAGCUCCUAUGUUGGGAUCUGGUAUUAUAAUGGCUUGGAACCAAGGAUUGUGUGGGUUGCCAACAGGGAUGAACCAGUGUCUAAUUCCACGACCUGGGUUUUCGGCAUCGGCGAUGAUGGUAACCUCAUGCUCUCCGAUAAAAGAAACCGUCAAAAUUUGACCGCUCUAGUAGGUAUUUCAUCUCCUUCUACGAGGUCGCUGAAGCUCUUGGAUUCUGGAAAUCUGAUUUUGAGUGAAGGUCUUGAUAAUUUCUCAACGAGCGUGGUGUGGCAAAGUUUUCAUUAUCCUACCGAUACGUUCCUUCCUGGUAUGAAGAUUAACAACUUGGUGUUGACCUCAUGGAAAAGUCUACAUGACCCUGCAUCAGGACGCUUCAGUUUCCGGCAAGAUGCAGACAGAAAAGACCAGUACAUCAUCACUAACAACGAAUUGUUACCAUAUUGGAAAAGCGGGUUAUCUGGAACGUCCGCUGGGGAUGAUGAGAUUUCGCCUCUUGUUUCCCUUAUGCUUCUGAAUACCAGUUACAGUAAAACAAGAGUAAGUUGUUCGAUGCUCUAUCCAAAGGGAAAUUGCAUUGACAGGCAAACCCGAAACCAAAGCCACGACUACAACAACACCAGAUUAGUGAUGGGUUCGGAUGGAAAGUUACGGUUUUUCACGAGGGAUAAUCAAACAGAUACGUGGUCUUUGACAUGGUGGGAGCCAAGGGACAGAUGUAGCGUGUUUGAUGCUUGUGAUAAAUUUGGUAGCUGCAAUAACAAAAACAGGGUACCCUGCAAAUGUUUACCUGGAUUCAAACCACAGUCACAGGAGAACUGGAAAAAAGGAGACUUUUCAGAAGGGUGCAUAAGAGAAUAUCCAGUGUGCGGCCAACACCGCAAGGAAUUCUUGAAAUUAAGCAUGAUGAAAGUACAAAAGCCGUAUUCAGAAUUUGAUGUCAAUGACACAGAUGAAUGCAGGAAUAAGUGCCUUGAAACCUGCCACUGUCACGCAUAUUCAUUUGCUGAAAAACAAACCUAUCUAAGGGGUUCUGAAGGUAAUCUUACUUGCUCCAUUUGGACUGAUGACCUCAAAAACAGUCAGGAGUCGUAUGCAAAUGGAGGCAUCGAUCUUUAUCUCCGUGUGCACCUUUCAGGAAACGCCACUUGUAGGCCUUGUGGCACUAACAUUAUUCCCUACCCUCUUAGCACUGGACCGAGUUGUGGUGAUCAGAAGUACUUCAAAUUCAACUGCCAUACUGAAAAUGACACUGGCCUGGUUAGCUUCAAUGCGAAUGGUCAAACCUUUCGAGUUAGUAGCAUCAAUCAGGAGACACAAAGCUUUUCCAUCCAAGUUGAAAAUUGCACGCCAGGAGAUUCAAAAGAAAAGUUGUUGCGGCUUCCUCGGCUAUCUCCAUUUUUCGUGAAUGGGUGUAAUGUUUAUUUUGCCCAGAAUAAUUUCAGUAUAGAUUCCGUCGGAGAGAAUAAAUGGUUUUAUGAAGUAGAACUUCGGUGGAAACCACCGCCAGAGCCAAUUUGUAGGUCAUUUAAAGACUGCAAUGAUUGGCCAAACUCUUCUUGCAAAGUAGCACACGAUGGAAAAAAGAGAUGCACCUGCAAUCCACCCUUUCUAUGGAAUUCAUCAAAAGUCAGUUGCAGUGCAGAAGCUACCUUGCAACAACGUCCAGGACCUUUAGAGAAAAAGACGCCAGCGUAUUUGAUCAUCCUAGGGAUCACAACGGCUAUGCUGGUUAUCUUGUGCGUCGCUUUUGCUUGGAACCAUAAGAGGAGAAGAAUGCCCAAUAGACGAGGAAAUCUGGAAUUUAGCUUGCACGGUAGCGCGAGACGUGUCCUAGAUUUCAUAAAUUUAGAUGAUUUCAAAGAAGAUAAUAAAGAAGAUAUAGAUGUACCAUAUUUCAAUCUGGAGAGCAUAUUAGUUGCCACAGAUAACUUUGCCGAAGCAAACAAGCUUGGACAAGGUGGCUUUGGACCUGUUUACAAGGGUAAGCUUCCACGAGGACAAGAAAUUGCUAUAAAGAGGCUCUCAAGAGGAUCGGGCCAAGGUUUAGAGGAAUUCAAGAAUGAAGUUGUUUUGAUUGCCAAGCUUCAGCACCGUAAUCUCGUCAGACUUCUCGGCUAUUGUGUUAAAGGAUAUGAGAAAAUGUUAAUCUACGAAUAUAUGCCCAACAAAAGCUUGGAUUCCUUCAUAUUCGAUCGAUCGCGGUGCGUGUUGUUGGACUGGGAAAAGCGAUUCGACAUAAUCUUGGGAAUUGCUCGAGGACUGCUUUAUCUCCACCAUGAUUCUAGGCUGAGGAUUAUUCAUAGAGAUUUGAAAACAAGCAAUAUUCUUCUAGAUGAAGAGAUGAACCCGAAAAUUUCUGAUUUCGGCUUGGCUAAAAUUUUUGGAGGCAAACAAAUAGAGGCAAGCACAGAGAGAGUAGUCGGUACAUAUGGCUACAUGUCACCAGAAUACGCACUUGAUGGCUUUUUCUCGAUAAAAUCAGAUGUUUUCAGUUUUGGUGUGGUAUUGCUUGAAACCAUCAGUGGAAAAAGGAACACCGGAUUUUAUCAAGCCGAACAACCCUUAAGCCUCCUAGGUUAUGCUUGGAAGCUAUGGAAAGAAGGGAGGGCUCUGGAUUUAGCGGAGCAGUCAUUGCGUCAAUCCUGCAACGCAUACGAAUACAUCAGGUGUGUCAAUGUUGGGCUCUUAUGUGUACAAGAAGACCCAGACGACCGUCCCGCCAUGUCGAAUGUGCUUUUUAUGCUGGGGAGCGAAACACCAAGUCUUCCAAUCCCGAAAAGGCCUGCAUAUGUUGUAAGAAGGUCUCUUUUAAGCUCAGCUUCUUCUUCCGGUAACCAGAUAUGGAUUACAGAGCUUACCACCUCCACCUUGGAAGAAGGCCGAUGACUGCCAACAUUGCAUGACUAUAUCUAUAUGUAUAUCAAAUUGAUUAUUUUAUAAUGUAAGAAUUUACUAGAUGUGCAUUCUUUCCUGUUUGACACUUGUAUAUAUUUGUAUUCAAUAACAUCAUUUAUCUCA